GUACCAAAUGAUAUUAUGAAUAAUUUGGAUCCUAUUGUUUUAAUCAUUUUCACUCCACUCGCAAAUUACGUGCUUUAUCCGUUACUUCGGAGAUGUGGAAUUAUCCUUCGACCUAUAACAAAGAUGUUUAUAGGAUUCAUGUUAGCUAGCUUAGCAAUGAUUUAUGCGGCUAUAGUUCAAUAUUUCAUAUAUCAUACUAGUCCAUGUUAUAACCGGACUUUGUGUUUGAUAAAUGAUAUACCUACUCCAAAUUAUAUUAACGUUUGGUGGCAAACACCCGCAUAUGUUUUGAUUGGUUUAUCUGAAGGCCUCAAUUAUGCAUAUUCAAAAGCACCAGAAGCUUUAAAAUCUUCCGUUACUGCGGUAUUUCUAACUACAAGCGCGUUUGGAUCGUUAUUAGCGCUUGCAUUUAUACCAUUAUCAAGAGAUCCUUAUCUGUAUGACGAUGCAGAUGACAUUAAAGGUCGAGAAGCUGAUAAAUGCAAUCCAAUGUA